ACUAGCUCAAAGAUCAGCAAAAGGGUAAAAAAAAAAAGAACCCCUUUUUUUCAUUUCCAAGAGUUUGAACAAAGAAAAAAUGAAGAUGGGUAAUGCUACCAUGGGAGGCUCAAAGAGAAGGCUAUCAAGUAGAGGACUUGGAGGGGUCCUCAGAGAGCAGAGGGCUAAGUUAUACAUAAUAAGAAGAUGUGUGGUCAUGCUCCUCUGCUGGCAUGACUAGUAGAUGAAGUCUUGAAUACUUGGAAGUCCAAGCUUGCUUCCAUGGCAAUGGAACAAGAUUAGUUCCUUCUCUUCUUUUGUUUUUCUCCCUUGUUUCUUUCUUUCUUUCUUUCUUCCUCUGAUUCAUGGUGGAGUGUAAAUAGCUGACGGAUGGAUAUUAUGGGAGAGGGUAACAAUUUUUUGUAUGGCUUGCGGGCCUUUAUGUAC